UUCACAGACCACAGUGAGAACAGGCCCAGUUCGUCACACCAGGCUAGGGGAGUAGGACGGGGGAGGCAGGUUAGGGAUCAGCAGGGAGACCCCGUAGUGCAGGAUUGUUUAAGGGACAGAGACUCAUUAAUCUCUCUCCCCCCACCCGCUUUGUCCUCCACCUGUUUCCUGCCCCCUGCCCCAGCCUCCCCUCCUGUCCCCAGAGCGUCUGUCACCUUCCGGCUGCUCCACAUCAACGUCUUCCACAACGCCAGCUCCACGGACAUGCGGGGGAUGGCCCUGCUGGGCGACCUGGAGACCCACUCCAUGGACUGCAGCACCUGCGAGCUCCGCUUCCUGCAGCCCUGGGCCCAGCAGGGCCUGACCCCGAAGCAGUGGCAGGACCUGGAGCUGGUGAUCCAUCGCUCCCUGUCCGACUUCAUCCAUAAAAUGAACAAAGUAGCCCAGCAGCAGGGAAUGAGCUACCCCUUUGUUGCCCAGGGCUCCCUCGUCUGCGAGCUGCACCCCAACGGCACCUCGAGGGGAUUCUAUGACACUGGAGUGAACGGCGAGGACUUCAUCAGCUUCGAUGCGGACACAAGCAAAUGGGUCGCUCGGCGGGGGGAUAAGCUGGCGCUCUACGCCCGGGACCUUUUCAACCAGGAUAAGGGCACAGCCAUGACGCUUCAGUUUUUCCUGAGAACGUUUGUCAGUUUGCUCAAGAGCUUUGUCCAGCAUGGGAAAGAGUCUCUGGAGAGGCAAGAGCGGCCGGUCGCCGUGGUGUUUGCCCGAGCCCCUCCCCCAGCCGGGACCCCCGCGCCGGUACUGCUGGUUUGCCGGGUCACCGGUUUCUACCCCCGGCCCGUCCGCGUGGCCUGGCUGCAGGACGGGGAGGAGGUGGGGCCGGGCGGGCGGCUGAACUCCAGCGGGAUCCUGCCCAACGCGGACCUGACCUACCAGCUGCGCAGCUCCCUGGCCGUGGAGCCGGGUGCCGGGCACAGCUACGCCUGCCGGGUGCAGCACAGCAGCCUGGGGGGCCGGAGCCUGCUGAUCCCCUGGGAGCAGAGCAGGCCCUGGGGCCCCGGCCUGGCCGUGGGCAUCACCCUGGGGGUUGUGGCCGUAGCCGCCGUGGCUGUGGUGCUGUGGCGGAGCAGACGCAGGGGCUACCAGGAUGUUGGACCAGGGGAGUCCAGUCCCUGAGGGGGCGGCACCGGCCCUGGCUUGGGGAUCAGCCCCUCUCCUGAGGACAUGGCACUCAGGGCUGGGUCUGUGCCCGGCUCCCAGAGCUGAGGGUGCCGAGGGCAGGACUGGAUCGGGGCCCUGGGAGAUCGGGGCCCAGGGUGGGGGGUGGGAUUCUCCUCCCUCUAGGACGUUGGGGGCACGGUGGACACUUGGGGGCGCUGUGGGAUCGCUGGGAUCCAGGAUCCAUGGGGACCCGGCGCUGGCUGUGCUAUUCAAUAAACCCUUCAGGGAGGGGCUGCCCAGCAGGCCCCACCGGGGCUGUAGGAGCCAAGCCUGGGUGCAGGGGUCAGGCCGAGCUACAUACACAAAGGCGAUGGGCGCGUGGGGGUCCCAGGAGGGCCCUGGCAGGGUGUCCAGGCUGAGCUGGGGUGCCCGGGUAGCAAGCGGGUUGCCCAUGGGACAUAGUCCCAGCUACCCCCAGGAAGCCCUGACAACACUACGGCCCACGGGGCGCCGGGGAGUCUGCUCCAAGCCGCUGGCUGGGCUGGGCUGAGAGCUCCUGGGGGCAGGGCCCCCCCAGAGCGGGGUGUGAGGGACCCGGGCUCCGGGGGUAGGUUCUGUCUGUUUGUUCUGUGUCUGUGCAGCGCCGAGCACAAGGGGGUCCUGGGCACGACCGGGCUCCUCGGCCCUGCGGUAACACAGCGAUAACAACAGUCCUGGCUGGGGAGGGG